AUGCUUGCUCGGCGUACGCUCGGUCGUAUUGCUUCUCAGCCUGCGGUGCUGGGGGCAGCCCCCUCAAAUGCUCGCAACAUGGCCACCCUCCGGGAGAUCGAGUUGCGCCUGAAGUCAGUGAAGAACAUCGAGAAGAUCACGAAGUCGAUGAAAAUGAUUGCCUCAACAAAAAUGGCAAGGGCUCAGCGCGCGAUGGUUGCCGGGAAGGAGUAUGGGAUCGCUAAUUCCGAGGUAUUCCAGAAUGCCCCUGCUGAAACCUCGGGGAAGCGCAAGCUCUUUCUCGUCAUUUCCUCGGACAAGGGUCUGUGUGGUGGUAUCCACUCCUCCGUGACAAAAUUCACGCGCAAGACCUUCGCGGACAAGGAGGUCCCGAUGGAUCCUGAGUCUCCCGUCAUGGUCAUUGGUGAUAAGUCGAAGGCGCAGCUGUCUCGCGCGAUGCCCAAGAGCCUCGUCAUGACGUUCAACCAGAUUGGACGCGACAUCCCGACGUUCGCGGACGCUGCGGGGGUGGCAGAUCUUAUUUCGAAGGCGGACGUCAAGUACGACAGCAUCGCGAUUGUGUACAACAAGUUCGUGUCAGCAAUUUCGUAUGAGCCCGCGGUCGUCGAGAUUGAGACCGAGAACGUGCUGAAGGAAUCGCCGGGCUUCAGGGCAUACGAGAUGGAGGACGACGUGACGAAGGAUCUGGCCGAGUUCGCGCUCGCCAACGCAAUCUAUGCUGCGCUGGUUGAGGGCCAUGCCUGCGAGCAGAGUGCACGCCGGAACGCCAUGGACAAUGCUUCGAAGAACGCGUCGGACAUGAUUAGCAGGCUGCAAAUGCAGUACAACCGUGGGCGCCAAGCGGCUAUCACCAACGAGCUGGUCGACAUCAUCACUGGUGCAAGUGCUCUUUGA